GAACCAAACACGGCGAGGAUAAAGCAAGAUGGCGUCUGACGGUGAAGACGUUAUUGCAGUCGUCACAGUUCAGUGUUCUUAAUCUGUGCCUCCAUGUACACAUAUAUGUCCUUUAUUACACUCUAGUAAAUAGAGUAAACAUCGUUAAUAACUGUUUGCAUCCGGUUAUAUUAGUCUGAGCGCACUUUGAUGCGUCUCGAGCUAGCUUAGCCUGCUAGUUAGCUUAGCUUGUUAGCUGCUAACAAAGAGAGGCGGAAGUGAUCAAAACACAUCGCUUAGUUAAGAUCAAGUGUGAGUGUAAAGUGUUGUGAUUGUGUGAAAAUGUGUGAAGGAACCAUAGCAAAGUACGAGGAGGAACUUUGUCCAACAAAAGAGGAGAAGGAGCGACAACAUGAAAAACAUCAAGUUGUGUUACACAGAACAGACAUCCAUCAGCCGAUUGAACACCAAGAAGAAUGUCUCCCUCAUCUGCAGGGGGACAGUUUCACUUUAGAAUAUCCACAGCCCUCACAUUUUAAAGGGGACAAGGGGGAUUCACAGCCCUUUUAUUUUAAAGAGGAAGAGGAGGGAGAGUGUCCUGUAGGGCAGGAGGAGGCUGAUGUCAGCAAGUUUCCACUGACUGUUGUCUCUGUGAAGACUGAAGAGCAUGAAGACAAACCACCUGAGUCCUCACAGCUUCAUCACAGUCCAAACGUUGAAGAAGAACCUCUACCCCAUGAGCAGGAGGAGGAACCACAGUCACCCCACAUACACGAGGAAGAAGAGGUACCACAUUACCAACACAUUAAAGAGGGAAGAGAGGAGGCACAUCCCCCCCACAUUAAAGAGGAAGACGAGACGCCACAGACCCAUAAUGUUAAACUGACCCUUCACAUUAAAGGGCAAGCGGAGGACCCACUGAUCUUACACAUCAAAAAUGCAGAAGAGGGCCCACUGACCUCUCACAUUAAAAAGGAAGAGGAGGACCUAUUGACCCCCUGCUUUAAAGAGGAAGAGGAUGUCCAAGAGCCGCCGCACAUUAGAGAGGAAGAGGAGGAAGAGGGCAUCAGUCAGCCUAAAUGGUUGGAGGAGUUCCCAGUGACUGGUGUCCCUGUGAAGAGUGAAGAUGAUGAGGUGAAAGGUGAAAGUGAGGAGAGGGGAGGGGGGGAGCCUCCAAGCAGCAGCUCAACACAACACAUGACAACAGAAGCUGAUGGAGACCACUGUGGAGGAUCACAAGCAGACAAGCUCUUAGCUCCACUAUCAGAUAGUGAGGACACAACGUCACACUCUCCUGACACUGAUGAUGAAGACUCUAAAGAUGAUAAGACAUGUCACACUGACAACACUCACUUCACAUCUUCUCACUGUCACAAAACCUUUAAAUACCAUAGUUCUCUGAAAUUACACAUAAGAUCACACACUGGAGAAAAACCUUUUUCUUGUUCACUCUGUAGUAAAGGUUUUACACAACGUCAAAAUGUGAAAGAACACAUGAGAACACACACUGGAGAAAAACCUUUUUCUUGCUCAGAAUGUGGUAAAGGUUUUGUUCUCAGUAAACAUUUGAAAGUACACAUGAGAACACACACUGGAGAAAAACCUUAUGUCUGUUCAAUCUGUGGUAAAGGUUUUGUAGAAAGUCGCAAUUUGAAAGUACACAUGAGAACACACACUGGUGAAAAACAUUUUAUCUGUUCAAUCUGUGGUAAAGGUUUUGCACAAAAUCAACAUAUGAAAAGACAUAUGAGAACACACACUGGUGAAAAACCUUUUUCCUGUUCAACCUGUGGUAAAAGUUUUACAAGAAGUGCAGAUGUGAAAGGACACACUAGAACACACACUGUUGAAAAAUCACAUUCCUGUUCAAUCUGCGACAGAAGUUUUGGUCAACGGUCAGCACUUGUAGCACACAUGAGAAGACACCCAUGAGAGAAAGUGUUGAGUUGCAGUGUGUGUGGUGAAAGAUUGUCUUCUAAGUACCAGUGUAAGAAACACAAGUGUGCUGGUGAGAACAGCAGCAGCAAAUGAAACUGCAGGAUUUGAAAUAAACUGUCCAGACUUUCAUUUUGACUUUCUAACAACAUCAGCACAUAUAACAUGUGUGACAUUGUUGUUUGUCUAACAAUCUGUUUAAUAUGCUUCUACAUGUACAGAUUAGAUAUAUUUGUAUUAAUGCUUUUUUCAGUCAAGUACAUGCAUUAAUCUGCAACUUUGUGUUCUUUUUUUAAACAUUGGACAGAACAAUUUGACUGAAAAGUUGAAAGUAAACAGUACAGGGCAUAUUUGACAUACAUUAAAAAAUGUAAGUGUAUAUAUAUAUAUAUAUAUAUAUAUAUAUAUAUAUAUAUAUAUAUUCAUCAUACAGUAUUAGACUUAUGCAUAAUAGUGUUUUUAAAGGUGUUUGAAUUAUUGAAGUGUGACAUAUUUUUUAUUUGUAAUUGUUAAUAAUCCCAUAGAUUAUCACCUUUAUAUGAUAUACAUAUGUACUGGUUCACAUCUGAAACAUCUUCUGGACCACUUCAGGAAGCAUAUUAUUAUUUACUUUAUACAUCAUUUGAACAGUUGUUUUUUUAAUACAAUUUUAAAAUGUGUAACUUUAUGAAUUAUUUGUUGGGUCUCUAUAGUCAAUUUUAUUAAUUGUCUUUCUUACACUCUGUAACUGUUGCUACUAGUAAUUAUUGUAAUUUGUUUUAUUUCUCUAAAAACAGAAUAAGUUAAGUUCAUAAAAGGGGAUUUAAAUAAAAAUGUAUAAAAGUUCAUAAGAAGGCUUUAUUUAAGUUACUAUGGUUAAAAAUGUCAUUGCAUGCCUUUUUGUUGGGUUUGUGGGCAUGUGUUUGUUUUGAAGUGUCUCGAUUGGUCUGUGAAGGGAUAUAAGGAAGCUACUUCCGGGUAUGAGGAACAUCUGUUUGAUGCAAUGAGAAGGAAGAAAGAGAGCGACUGAUGGUAACAAGGACUAAAAAGUGUCACAAGGACUUUCAGCGUUUGGGCCACAAGAGCCAGAAGAUCACCAUUUCCUCCUAAAAGAAUCAUGCAGGCCAACGAGGUAUUUGUCAUUUGUGUUUGUGUUUUACUUCGGUAAAAUGUUUGAGCCACAUGCUGUGCAUGUUAUUUUUACAUUUGUAACGUGCUUUAUUUUAUUAACAGUUUUCACGGUGAAUUGAAGGGAAAGGAAGCCUUCAAUAAAUCAGUCAAAGAAAGCCAUUGUGUCAGUGCUAUGUGGAGGGAGUUACAGUGAAAACUCGCACUGUUCAAGACGCAGUGGACAACGCUGAGACUGUCGGCAACAUUAAAGAA